UCUUCAUAUUUAAUGACGCGUGUUUAAUUCCCGACAUCAUAUUUCAUAAUUUAUAAACACAUGUAACAUUACGGAGGAUGAGUGUGUGUUAGGAGUCAGCGUGAAACGUCAUAUUGUUCAGAGAAAAUGUUCAUUGUCAUCGGAGUGAUACUUAUUGUGUUCAUACAAGUCGAGGGGCACCUGCCGUUCUCAAGUUGUCCACAAGGCGGUGUUCCAGGAUUCUCGGACUGCGGAUUCAUCCCCCGACUACAGAAAGGGAAGUGGGGACGAGUGGCCCGAGUCGUGGGUGGAGACCCAGCUGUGAUAGGGGAGUGGCCGUGGCAGGUGGCGCUGGAGUCGCGGGGGAGACACUUCUGUGGGGGGUCCCUCAUCAACCGCCGCUGGGUCGUCACAGCCGCUCAUUGUUUCAGGAGGUACUCCCCACGCAGGAUGACGGUCAUUCUGGGUCAGCACCACAAGUCUAGGAAGACCGGACACGAGCAGUACCGACGUAUUAGCCAGGUCAUCAAGCAUUCUAAGUUCGACCUCGGGUUUGGUAAUCCGUAUGACAUCGCCUUGAUAAAGCUUAACCGUCCAGUGGACACCAGUGGACACUACAUCCGGACAAUCUGUCUCCCUAGCCACGAUUCCGUGUUCAAUAAGUCUGACCGGUGCUACGUCACUGGAUGGGGAUUUACAAGAAAUACUGGGGACUCGCGGAUACUGCGCCACCUACAGGUGGAUAUCGUCCCUGUCGCCGCCUGUAAUCAGUCAUGGCGGGUCAUUAAGGAAGAAAAUAUCUGUGCCGGGAAUGGAAUAAGAGGCGCGUGCAAGGGAGAUUCUGGCGGACCUCUUGUGUGUUUCAAACACGGACGAUAUACACUAGCAGGCGUGACGUCAUGGGGCAGUACCACGUGCCGGAAGCCUGGUUUCCCGGAUGUAUAUACACGUGUUUCGUCAUUCUUAGAUUGGAUAUAUGGGAUUAUAUACAGACAUAAAUAA